UCAAAAUCAAACAUGGCGGCCUCCAUUACGCGUGUUCUUCAGAGAUUGCAGCAAAAAACAGCUGUUCCCCUUCUAAAAAAACAGUCAUUAGCAGCCUCAGUGGUUCCAGUUCGAUGUCUGAAUCUUCAGGAAUACCAGAGUAAGAAGUUGAUGUCAGAUUAUGAUGUCACGGUUCAGAGGUUUCGUGUUGCCGAUAAUCCACCGGAUGCAGUGAGAGAAGCAAAAGCUCUGGAUGUCAACGAGAUUGUUUUAAAGGCUCAGAUCCUAGCCGGUGGAAGGGGGAAGGGUACAUUCUCCAGUGGAUUCAAGGGAGGGGUACACUUGACGAAAAACCCUGAUGAGCUUCUACCAAUGGUGUCUCAGAUGAUUGGGUAUAAUCUAGUCACUAAACAGACUCCAAAGGAUGGGGUCAAAGUUAAAAAGGUGAUGGUGGCCGAGGCCUUGGAUAUUUCCCGGGAGACGUACGUGGCCAUCUUGAUGGAUCGGGAGAUGAACGGCCCGGUCUUGGUUGGUAGUCCAGAGGGAGGGAUGGACAUAGAAGAAGUGGCAGAGAAAACACCAGAGCUUAUAUUUAAGGAACCAAUAGAUAUAUUUGCUGGACUUACAGAUGAGCAGGCAAUGAGGAUGGCAGACAAUCUCAAGUUUAAGGGAGACCUUCAAAAAGAGGCUGCAGGUCAACUGCAGAAUCUAUACCAACUAUUCCUUGGAGUGGACGCUACACAGGUUGAGAUUAAUCCAUUCGGAGAAACACCUGAUGGCAAAGUGGUCUGCUUCGAUGCCAAGGUGAACUUUGAUGACAAUGCUGAGUUCCGACAGAAAGACAUUUUCGCUCUUGAUGACAAGAAUGAGAGUGACCCUCGGGAAGUUGAGGCAUCAAAACAUAACCUCAACUAUAUUGGCAUGGAUGGCAACAUUGGCUGUUUAGUAAACGGUGCAGGUCUAGCCAUGGCAACAAUGGACAUUAUCAAAUACCAUGGAGGGGAGCCGGCAAACUUCCUUGAUCUUGGAGGAGGUGUUCAGGAACACCAGGUGUUCCAGGCUUUCAAACUUCUUAACUCUGAAGAAAGUGUGAAAGCCAUCCUAGUCAAUAUAUUUGGCGGUAUUGUGGACUGUUCCAUUAUUGCCAAGGGAAUCACAUCUGCUUGCAGGGGCAUGGAUUUGAAGGUUCCUGUUGUGGUACGCUUAGCAGGUUACAAUGUCGUACCAGCCAUGAAGAUAUUGAAGGACAGUGGUCUGCCAAUCCAGACAGCACUAGACUUUGAGGAUGCUGCUGUAAAGGUUGUGGGAUCUGUGUAAAGGAUGUCAGCCUUCAUUGUGUCUUCUUGUCUGCAGCUGAUGCAAAAGAUAAAUAAACAAUUCUUCCUUUAUAAUCAUGGAGCUUAUUGCAGGAAUCUGGAUUGUUGAUGAUGGGAGAUGCAUAUUGUUGUGUCAGUGCAAAAACGUAUCUCCAUUUUGCAAAAGUUUUGUAUCUUGCAUGAAAAUGCUCUCUGCAAAUUUGUCAAAUACUAAUAAUAAUAUCAAAGUCUUAUAUAGCGCACGUAUCUACCAAACGAGGUACUCAGGGCGCUGGGUAUAUACAAACUUUCAGAAAGAUAGGUAAUUGCAGUGAUGAAUUCUGAGACCCAAUUAUGUAGCACCUUACAAUGUAAGUACAUUUGUGGGUUAUUUGAAGUGAGAUACAACAAUUUGAAGAUUUCAAACUCACGGGUAACGUUAGUACAAGGUUUUUUCCUGACACAGUGAUGUUAUAAUUUUGACAAAAUCAUUGAGGAGUGGAAAGUUUAGACCUAUUAAUAAAAUAUAUAUGUUUGGCGUAAACCAUCUCGAAAAAUUAGUUAUAGAUUUUUAUUUAUUAAUUGAAAAAGUAUAACAAAUAUUGCUUGAACUCUUUUAAGAUUUUCAAGGUUUUGUGAAAUAAUGGGGCAAUCAAAGUUGAUGGGAGCCAGAUAAACACACAGCUCACUAAACCAGAGGACUAAACACAUUACCUGCUUAUGACAUUUGCAUGUACUUUUAUCAUGGUGUAUAAAAAUUAUGAAAAUAAAUUAAGAUUUUCUUACUCCAUACCUAUAUUUACUGGCGGACCUUUUAGAUUUUUGUUUGCCCUUAGAAAACAAAAGAAAAACAGAGAUUAAAUUGCCUGAAAAUUCUAUUAAACUCGUCCCCAUGUAAACAAGUAAGUUAGCACUAAA